AUGGGUUCUGUGGGAAACUCAAAUCAAUGGCAGCCAUAUGCUUACAAGGACUGUUCUUUAGAGAUUUGCAGCAUAUACUGUCCUCAGUGGUGCUACAUCAUCUUUCCACCACCUCCACCUUUUGGCUAUGGCAGCCAUGGCGAUUCCGCCACUGAUUUCUCUCCUCUCAUCAUCGCCAUCAUUGGAAUCUUGGCUAGCGCCUUCAUUGUGGUAAGCUACUACACCAUCAUCUCCAAAUAUUGCAGGAACAGAGCUGCUACCACCAACGCUGUCAUGGAAAUGGAUGAUGAAGAAAAUCUUACCCAAAUCCUCCAUGAAAACCAGCUGCAAGCUCCUCCUCCUCCUGCAGGCCUGGAUCAUGCUCUCAUCAAGUCCAUCACAGUCUGCAAGUAUAAAAGAGGAGAUGACUUAGUUGAAGGUACUGAUUGCUCAGUUUGCCUGAGUGAGUUUCAAGAAAAUGAGAGCUUAAGGUUGCUGCCAAAGUGCAGCCAUGCCUUUCAUCUUCCUUGCAUUGACACAUGGCUCAAAUCUCACUCAACUUGCCCUCUCUGCCGCUCCAACAUUUCACCAACCAAUCUUUCCCCACCCCCAACACAAGAAAUUCUAAGAACAGAACACCUAAAUGCAUCUGCUCUUCAGUAUCAACACAGAACCAAUGACACAGUAGUUGUUGUAGUGGUUCAAGAUUUGCAGGAUUUAACAGUGAGGCAAGAAACUGCUGUUUCUGGGCUUGAGAAUGAUGAUGCUUCUUCCAAGAAUCGAAGGCAAAGUUUUGCAUCAGAUAGUCAAGACUCAGAGCCAAGAGACAGAAUGAAUCAAGUUAAGCCGUAUAGAAGAGUUGUCAGAAUUUAUGCAGGGCUACCUAAUUCACAUUGCAUAAUGUAAGGAGGGAAACUUUUGCUAAACUCCAUGUUUAAAAUUUUAAAUUUUUUACUCCAUACUACUCUUCCAUGUGAAGUUUUGAGCUCUUAAAUCAAAACUUGCACCAACAAUUGUACUGAUGUCAGACAUUGACUAUAAAUAAAAUUAAUCUAAAUCAGACAUUGACUAUAAAGUUCAAGGACAAUAUCCAUAAAAUACGGAAAAACAAGUGCAUAAAUUAGUAAAAGUAAAGAAGAAUUAGGAA